AAUCUUCUCACCAAAGAACCUCUAGAAAUAAAUCCUCUACAUAAUAUAAAGUACCACACUCCUCUCUCUCUCUCUCUCUCUCUCUCUCUUAUAUACACACAGUUAUACAUACCCACUAUAUAUAUAUAUAUCAUAUGCAAUAUGCAUAUGUCCAUACAAUACGGUGAGAUGAGUUCUUCUGUAGCUGCCAUGGAAGAACCAGAAGAAGAACAACAACAAAAAGAUGCAACUAACACAAACACAAAUAUAAUCCCAUACUCCUCAAGGCAGAAAUGGUGCAUCACUGAGUACCUCUACAGCUACAAUGGCUUCUGGUUCCUCCUCCCCUACCUCGAAGCCACUCUAAGACUUCUCCACAACACCAACAAUGGCACCCUCAAUCUCCACUCCCAUGACGUCAUCCUCGCCUCCUUCCCCAAGACUGGAACCACUUGGCUCAAAGCCCUUCUCCACACCAUCAUCCACAGACCCCAACCCCACCCCCACCCCCCUACCCUCCUCACCACCACCCACCCCCACAACCUCGUCAGGUCCAUGGAAACAGACCUCUUCCUCCUAGAUCACCAUCAAGAUCCCACCACACAGCUGAUUCAGGGUCCUGGUGGUACCAGGAUCAUGGCUACCCACCUACCCCACCAGAUAAUUGGUGGUGCACUCACUUCAUCCGGCUGCAAAGUGGUGUAUGUAACAAGAAACCCUAAGGAUGCCCUUAUUUCACUCUGGCAUUUUGUCAACAAAUCACCCAUGUUCGAGGUGGAUCCAUGGGAUUGGGACACUGCUGUGGACCAAUUCUGCGAAGGGUCUGUCCCAUUUGGGCCAUACUAUGAUCAUGUCUUGAAGUAUAGAGAGGAAAGCAUUAGGAGGCCUGAUAAGGUCCUGUUUGUGACGUACGAGGAUCUCAAGGAGGACACCAAGAAACAUGUUGCAAGAAUUGCUGAUUUCUUGGGAUGCCCUCUUGAGAGAGAGGGUGAGGCUGAGGAAAUUGUGAAGCUCUGCAGCUUGGAGACACUGAGAAGCUUAGAGGUGAACCAGUCCAAGGAAAUACCCUAUGGAGGGUUCCCUAUCCCCUUCGACUCAUUCUUUAGAAAGGGUCAAGUUGGGGACUACAAGAACUACCUUACUCACACUAUGGUUGGGAAGAUUGAUGAUCUUACAAGAAAUAUGUUUUAUCAAAGGGGUUUUGAAUAUGGGAUUUAGUUUUUAUUAUUGUACAUUGUUGUUACAAUUGUUGUUGCUUUUUCUUAUGUUUCUUGUUUGGAAUUGGAAUAAUGGUGGGUGGGGGUGAAAUGGAAUCAACUAUCCCUUAGCUUCCAAGAAAUUUUUAAUAAUACUUGUUGUUAUAGUGUUUUCAUGUUAUGUUAUGUAUGGAAUUGAUAAUGUUUUUAAGUGUAAUGUUUUUUUUAUUAUUAUUAUUUUUUUUUUAAAUAGAGCUAUGGGGUUCAAAAUGA